ACACACACACACACAGACACACCCGGACACACACACCAUGCCACUUACCUACUCAGAUGACCGUUGCGAUCGUUGCAACUCACUGCUACUGCUGAGGAAGAAGAAGUAUAUGAAAAAAAGCAAUGUGACCAAGGAAUUUGGUCAGUCGUGGUACCCUGUAUGAAUGGGGAUAUAUCUUUGUGCCCUCCCUCCCUCCCUCCUUCUCUGUCUGGUUUGAAGGGUUUUCUUGAGCAAGCAAGCUUGCGAGUUUUAUCAUACCUACGGUUCUUACCUACUACAUACAACGAGACUGUGCUAGCAGUUCAGUUGACACUCUCAACGCCAGAAGUCCUAAUCACUGCUACAUUAUCAUCAUCAUCAUCAUCAUCCUACCCGCCUUACACACCCGCCUACCUACAUACAGCCAGCCUUUUCUCCUCUUCAAAUCAGCAUCACCAUUGUUGUAUCUCACUUCCUCAUUACGAUUCCGCAAAGUUCUAAAGAUGGGUAAGAGAAAGAUGGACGAAGCCGCAGCCGAGCGGAUCCGGGCAGCAAGAGGUGACAAGGACCCCUUCGCCAGACGGGCAGCAACCACGGUGCGGCAAAGCAAGCAGGGCGGCGAAUCAUCAUCGGGCAAGAAAGAUGGAAGCAGCAGCAAGGAUGGCAAGAGUGAGGGGAGUGGUAGCAAGGGGAGUAGUUCCUCAAAUUGGAGGGCAUAGGUCGAUGGAGGGGGUAUGGGGAAGAAUGUCAUGAGACAUGACAAGGGGUUGGUGAAAAGACAUGAUGGGCCAGAAUACUGAAGAAUUCAAGGUUGCUGCUACUCCGAACAUGCUGUUAACGUCUCCUGACAGGGAAUGAUAUGCAGGUUGAUGUGAAAGUAGAUAAGAUCUCUGCAAGAUGAUCUUACGUUUCCGAUGUGUAAGAGUUUUAGUUGCUGGAACAGGUUUAUGGCUGUGGAAACUUGCACCACACACAUCUACAUUGGCAGCUGGUAUCAACCACCCCCACUUGGAGGGAGCGUUCGUUGCGUGGCUACCCCGGAGCCGAGGCAUUCUUUAGGAGUAUCUGUAUGGCUGAUUCCUCGUGGAAUGUUCGAAGCGUCAGCCUCCCUUGGGCGGCCUCAUGCUCGUCCGUACUAGAUAUGUUGCUGACAACCAUGAAACUUGAACGGCAUGAGACAUUUUCUCGCCCAUGAAGAGGCUGGCUGGCUGGCUUGGCUGGAUAAGAUAUGAUGUCUUAACAACGUGGCCAUGACGGAUACAGCUGGUGGAUGAUAGGUCAAGCUUACAGCGUGUCGUUGCUUCUUUUCUGCCGACUGACCCCCCUGUCAGCCACGUCUCUUCACGCCCCAUGUUGUUGGAGAAGGCAAAGAAGCGAAUGAUGAACACAACGCGUGCCCGAUAGCUUCUCUAUGUGCUCGUUGAAGAGGAGAUAGUACUGGAGUGGUGUAACGAGAGGUUACAGUAGACUCGAAGAAGGGGUCAGGCUUCUUUUGGUAAG